UCCAUGGCGGUGGCGGUGCUGCGGUCGCUGGACGCCCCGCCAGCCGAGCUGGCUCCGGCCAGCGCGCUGCUGCUGGCGCCGCCGGCGCUGUGCGCGGCGCUCCGCGGGCGGGGCGGCGGGCUGGUGCUGGCGGUGCGGCCGGCGGGGCGCGGCGGGGCGCAGGCCGUGCUGCUGAGCGCCGUGGCGCUGGAGGCGGGCGGCCGGCGGGGCGCGGAGCUGUGGCUGCGCGGGGCGCUGCUGCGGCGGCUGGGGCUGGCGGCCGGCCGGAGGGUGGCCGUGUGGCCGGUGCGCCGCCCGCCGGCGCUGGCCUGGGUGCUGCUGGGGGCGGCGGGGCGGGCGGGGCGGCCGGCGGCCGGCGCGGUGCUGGUGCGGCGGGGCGAGGCGCUGCCGGGCCCGGGCCCGGGCCCGCUGGUGCUGGAGGCGCGGCCGGCGCUCCAGGGGUUGCUGGGCAACGGCACGCGCACCACCCUCGCCCCCCCCCCGCCGCCGCCGCCGCGCGAGGCCGCCGCCGCCCCCCCCGCCUCCCGCCGCCCCGCCGCCCCCCCCCUCGUCUCCCGCUUCGCCGCCAGGCCGGGGCCGGGGCCGGGGCGGGGGGGGGCGGCGGCGGCACCGCGGCUGCGGGCGAGCCCCGCCGGCGGGGCGGGCUGCGGCGGCGGGGCGGAGGUGUGGGUGAGCCGGCGCGGGCUGCUGGCGCUGGGGCUGUUCCAGGGCGAGUGGGUGCGGGUGGGCGCCGAGGGGGCGGCCCGCGAGCACCUGGCGGCGCUGCUGGCCCGGCCCCCGCCCUGGGAGUACCCGCGGGCCGCCCGGCGGGGCCCGAGCGACGGCGCCGCCCUGCUGGCCCCCGCCCUGGCCUUCAACCUGGGCUGCGACCCCGCCGCCGCCGCACAGCUCCGCCUGCGGCGCUACGAAAGGCCCGGCGCCGCGGACGGGACAGGCAGCCGGUCCCUGCUGUUUGUGCCUCCCUUCGCCAAGGAGCUGCACCUGGAGAUCGUCUGCUCGCCCGCCUACAGCAGCCGGGGAGGCUACGGGCGCGUCCUCUACCAGCACUUCGAAGCACCCCGGCUUGUCCAGGAGGGAGACAUCCUUUGUGUUUCAACAUUUGGACAUGCUGAGUUUUUAGAAGUAAAUGCAGACAAAUUCCUAAGGUGGCCAGAGCUUUACUUCAAAGUGAAGAAGAUCUUGGGUACGGUGGAAGGCGAGCAGUCUGAGGGUUACCUGGUGGACACCCAGAACACCUCUCUUUAUCUGGUGGGUUCAACAAACAGUCCUGUCCCAUCUGCUCCAGCCUAUAACAGCCACGAGUUUUGGAGCAGUUUGUCUCCUGCUGGACUUUCUGAUGUUGUGAAGCAGCUCUGUGAUGCCCUUCGGCCUCACCUGAGCAAUCAGGCAAGUGCACUGAGCGGGACUGGCAGCGUUCUCCUCUCAGGGCCAAGUGGCAGUGGGAAACUGAUGGCUGUCAGAGCUGUGUGUAGCUGCCUCAACCUCCACCUCUUCAAGGUUGAUUGCGUUAGUUUGUGCAGUGACACCAGUGGAGCCACAGAGGAGAAAAUACAGAUGGCCUUUGCCCAGGCCCAGCACUAUCACCCAUGUGUACUCCUGCUGAAAGACAUUGAGGUGCUUGGCAGAGACCGGGACAGGCUGGGAGAGGAUCCCAGGGUCAUCACUGCUCUGAGACAGCAGCUUCUGGACAGAGACCCAGGACUGCGCCACUCUGUCCUGGUGAUUGGCACAACCUGCAAGCCCCAGGAUGUUCCUACAGACGUGCAGACUGCUUUUCUUUAUGAGGUGAAAAUCGAAGCCCCUUCAGAAGAGCAAAGGAGAUUGAUGCUGAGCAUGCUGACUGCCAGUCUGCCUCUGGGCAAAGAAGUGAGCCUAUCCAAGCUGGCCCGCAGGACUGCAGGUUUUGUGCUUGGAGAUUUCUGUGCCUUAUUGUCCCACAGCAGCCGGGCUGCUUGUACCCGCAUCCAGGCCUUGAGCUUUCCAGGCGGACUGAGCGAGGAAGCGGAGAGAGAUUUUUGCACUGCUGGGUUCCCAGUGCUUGAGGAGGAUUUUAGUGCUGCGCUGGACCAGCUGCACAAUGCCCAUUCACAGGCAGUGGGAGCCCCAAAGAUCCCCUCUGUGUCCUGGCAGGAUGUUGGUGGGCUCCAGGAGGUGAAGAAGGAGAUCCUGGACACUAUCCAGCUGCCCCUGGAGCACCCAGAGCUACUGUCACUGGGUCUGUGCCGCUCUGGUCUGCUGCUGUAUGGGCCUCCAGGGACAGGGAAGACCUUGCUGGCAAAAGCUGUGGCAACCACGUGUGCCUUGACGUUCCUGAGUGUGAAAGGGCCAGAGCUCAUCAACAUGUACGUUGGGCAAAGUGAGGAGAACGUGCGUAAUGUGUUUGCCAGAGCCAGGGCAGCAGCUCCCUGCAUUAUCUUCUUUGAUGAACUGGAUUCUCUGGCCCCCAGUCGGGGGUGGAGUGGAGAUUCAGGGGGUGUCAUGGACAGAGUUGUCUCACAGCUCCUGGCCGAACUUGAUGGUCUUCAUUCCACCGGCGAGUUAUUUGUCAUUGGAGCUACGAACAGGCCUGACCUCCUGGACCCAGCUCUGCUUCGGCCAGGCAGGUUUGACAAGCUGGUCUAUGUGGGCAUAAACGAAGACCGGGAGUCACAGCUGCAGGUGCUGAGUGCCAUCACCAGGAAGUUUAAACUAGAUCCUUCUGUGAAUCUCACCACCAUCCUAGAAAAAUGCCCGGCUCAGCUGACAGGAGCAGACAUCUAUGCCUUGUGCUCAGACACCAUGAUGUGCGCUGUCAAACGCAAGGUGGAAUGGAUCGAGGAAGGGCUGGAUACUGAGAGCUCUGCUCUGAUCCUGACCAUGGAAGACUUCCUGCAGGCUGCCGCAAGGUUGCAGCCGUCAGUCUCCGAGCAGGAGCUGCUCAGGUACAGACUCAUCCAGCAGAAGUUUGUUGCCUGCUAAUGUUCAGCAGAGCUGGGACUGAAGGAGCGAUGGGGGUGGUGUGUUAAGGGUGCGAGAGAACAGGCACACACAGGUACCCACUUGCUCUUCUCUCAUGUCUCCUGGACACCCUUUUUCUGAGCUUGGGUGAAAAAGUGGCUGUGCCAUUUUUUGAGCCAAAGCCUGGUGGAAGUGCUGCUCUGCUCAGCCAAGCUAGUGGUGGGUUCUGUAACAGUCCCUCAUGUCUCAGGGAGCACUUUGUGGCUGCUGGGAGCAUACUGGGGUGACUUCCCUAUGAUGAGCAAGCCAAGUCUCAUGAUUGUGGGCAACGUAAGGAGUGUCUUCAUGGGUGACAGAGCAUUGGUGGGGGAGCAAGGCCCAAACUGCACCUGGUUUGGCAGCAAGAAGAGGGCUGGAGACAGCUGCUUGUUGAGGUGUCAGCCCCUCAAUGAAGGAUGCUGGUUGGAGAGCAGCAGGACACAGGGCACUGCUGCUGCAGCUGGCCUGGGCUCAACAUGGUUUCUCUGAAUAAAUAAGAGGUUUUGGGCACUAGG